AUGACUGAUAAGGGCGAGAUUCUGGUUUUCACCAGGAAGGCCACCACAGCGGGGAAUGAUCGCAAGCUACAGAAACUUGUCGACGACUAUGAGAACAAGGGUAUCAUGAUUCAGGUGACUAAUAAGCAGUUGAAAGUCAUGUUCCCAGUAGGGAGUCAAGCUGAACGCGCGGCGACUUACACAGCAAAGAAUCUACGUGCUUGGAUGGAGGAGGAUGGGUUGUUAAAUGACUGGGAGCCUAAUGUGAAGUGA